CUAUUAUUUAUUUUUAUUUCAGUGCGCAAUUCAACACGUAUUUUAUCGUUGACACAAAAGUUAUUUUCAAUUAUUAUUAUCAGGAUAAAAGUUAAUGUAUAAAUUAUCAAGCCUAUUAAAUAAAAUAUAGCAUGACUUGUUAUGCUGUUGUGACCGUUUUAUAUUUUAAUUUAGUUUUUAAACCUGCGGUUAAUGUGAGUGUGUUUACGAUACAGAUGUAAUUCAAGAGGACGAAAAAUAUUUAAUCAACAAGUAAAGCGAAAGUUUUAAAAGUGUUUUAACUUCAAGUGUAGCCUAAUUAUUUAUUCAAUUAAAUUUGUAAAUAAUCGAUGAUUAAUAAAGUGUAAAGUAAGUUUAAAAUAUUUAAAAAUGUCGCAUUUGACGUCCGAUAAUGGCACGAUGGUCAAUAUGAUAAAACAAAAGUUCGAACAAAAUUUGUGUAGUAAAAAUACAAAUAAAAAUACAAUUGAAAACAAUAAGAAAAAUAUUAAUAAUGAGGAUUGUGAUAACGGUGAUGAUGAUAAUGAUAACGACGAUGAUGAUCAGAAAGAACAAUUACGCAGGUCACUAAGUUCUUCGCCAGUUAAACUAAAAAAAAAUUUAAAGUUAAAUGUCACAAGACAAUUAUCAAAUCCUGGUAAAAAUAUAAAAAGAACUCCAGCUUUUCGAGGUGAUAAACUCACUAAGAUAAGAAAUUUAAAUUCACCAUCAAAAGAAAAAGUAUUUUCUAUCGUUAAUAAAAAUGUUAAAAUAUUUGAAGAAAAACCAGAGUACGGUAAACUGGGUAAUGUUAAAAAAAAACCAAUUCAAGUUGAUGAUGAAGACGGAAUAAAUGUAGAUGUUGUUGAUUGUGGUAAUGAUAAAAAUAAAUAUGAAUAUAAAAGCAUUGAUAAAAUAUAUCGUCCACCAUUGACCAAAGAAAAUAAAAUAACUCGUGAAAAUUCAGUUAAAACAACAGUGAUAUCGCGACAAAAAAAUAUAUCACCUAUUUAUAGUUUAGAUGAUGAUUUUGGUGAAACGUCAAAAGAUUUAAAUAAAAAUAAUGAUUUUGUUUCAUUUAAAAAUUUAAAAAUAAAUCAAUCAAAUAAAUUUGAUAAAUUUAUAAUGAAUGGUGCUGAGUAUACUAAAAUAACAAAAUCAAAGACUGCUAAUGAUAACAAAAUAAAAUCUAAUGACGAAUUAAACAAAGACAAUGACAGCAGUACAAUGAUUGAUAUUCGCGAAGAAUUAUCUCGACGAAAAUCAACAAAAGUUGAGAAAGAUGAGUACAAUAAUAAUUCAUGUGAAUCAACAGUUGCAGCAGGAGUUGUAGCAUCGUCCAGAAAGUCUGACGAUGAAUCAAAUGAUGAAUUAACUGAUAGAUUAAAAGCCGCAUUAAAAGCUCCGCUGCCUUCCGGUCCACCGCCAAAAAAACCUCCAAGAACUUUCGCUCACUGCCCGAAUAUAAAUCGAAGGUAUGAUUUAACUACUGGAGAAAGUGCUAAGUCUUCAUGGACACGCAGUGAUAGAGAAUCUUCUGUUAAAAGUCUGGGUGCUGACGUAACCGGAUCAUCUAAAAGUUUUAGAAAUUACGAAAUAAUUCGUGGCGAUGAUAAUGAUGAGGAAUUUGAUAAUAAUGAUAAUGAUGAUGUCGUUUCUGGGUCUUCACAAGACCGUACUAAAAAAGUAGAGAAAGAAACAGGAUUUAAGUCUUUACACAAUGUAGAAAAUGUAAAUAGUUCAUUAUCUUUAUCCGUUAAAAAUUGCUUAGCAUUAGAUGACAUUAAAGAGCAUUCUCCCACGGCAUCAACUAGUUCCGUUAAAUGUCGUACCGUUCGUGACUCUAAAAAGAUGUUAGAAAAACUUGAAACUGUAUUAAUUCAACAUCAAAAAGCCCUCGGUCCAAAAGUUAUUGUGCCGAGAAAAGAUAAAUUUGAUUUGGAAAUAAAAUUAAAUAAUAAAAAUAAAAAAAAAAGUCAGAGUGAUUCUGAUAACGAUAUUGAAAAUACGGAUAAAAAUAAAUUUUUGAAUAGAUUGUCUCGUACAUUAGAUGAUUCGAAAAAAAUGAACAGUGAUAAAAAAAAUAGUGAAUCUAAAACACGUAAGCACUCGACAUUUGAUUGCUUGCCGUAUUUAAAUUGUGCGAGUCCAAUAAUGUAUGAGCAGCCAAAUUUUACGACAUAUUUUACAGAAUCAUCAUCGUCAUUGAAUGGAUUUAAAUCAAAAUCUGAUGAUGUUUUAAAUAACUCAAUAUCAAAUAAUAUUUUAUCAAGCAAUAAUGAUUUUUAUGAUCAGCAAUUUAGUCCAGCUGCUAAAAGACUUUCGACAGAAUUGACGACAUUCAUUGAUGGUAAGCGGCGACAAAAUUUAUCAUCAAAAAAUGAAGAACGUAUUUAUGCUGAGCCGUUUUCAUUUGAUAAAAAAAGUGGAACAGAUAUUAUGGAAUUGAGUAAAUUAUCACCACAAGAACGAAAUUAUUUGUCUCACAAUUGGCACCAUGGCGACAAUGGAUUCAUAAGUAAUCAAAUGCUGCCGAAUAAUUCUGAAGAAUCUUUAUCCAUUUUGUGUCGAGAGAAAAAAAAAGAACCCGAGUUACAUUACAUGUGUACGCCAAUAGAGCCAUUACUAUUGGAAAAUAAUAAUAAUAACACAUCAAAGACUGAUGAGUUUGAAAAAUUAACACGAGAUAUUAAUUUUCAUACAUUUAUUAACAAAUCAAAUUCUUUGUCUCGAUCAUUUUUGGAUGGACCUAGUCAAAUUAAGGUGGAGCAAUUAUUGAAUCAAGCAUUCGGACAAAAUACAAUGGCUGGAACAGAGUUAUCCACGGACUCAAACACUUCUUCAGACACAGAUUCGAUAGCCUCAACACCAUCAUCAGUAAAUGAUGAAUUGUCGAGUUUCAAUGAUAAAUUACGACUAUUUAAAUAUCGUGAAAAUAGUACUUGUAAGACAAGUAAAGAAGAAUUACAUCGUAGUCUUACUGAAAAAAGAAAACAUUAUGUUAGACAUGUUUCUAUAAAAUAUUCAGAAAAACACGAGACUAGCCUUCGAGAUAGACGUGAUAAAUUGUUCGAUGUCUGUUUACUUGUGGAACUUAAUUUAUGUACUAGAGAACCAUACAUUAAAGAUAAAUACCCAAUUUAUGCAAAAGCACCAGCUUGGAUUGAAAGUUUUUGUUUUCCCGAUGCUCAAGAUUGGCCUUCACCAGAUUCCAAUCAAAACCAAUUUUACUCACUAUUUUUGAUGGAUGAAAAAGGAAAUUGUAGAUACGGUUAUUGCUGUAGAGUUAAACCAGAAGGUGGUCCAAUUUUACCACUAGCUUAUUGUAUGAUAACUAAAUUUCGAGCUAGUGGAUUUUAUCACAAAGUACUUCUGGAACUCGAAUCACGACAUGGACUACCAGACAAAAAACGUAGAAAAUUUAUUGAAGAUCUGUACAAUAAUCCGAUGCCAAAACCUGGCAGUUGUCUCAAAUUAACAACAGAUAAAAUUGAAAUAUUAACAAUUAGUAACCACAAUAAUAAUAUAAUUAAUAAUGACAAUGAAAUUCGUUCAACGACAAGUGAAGUAAAUGAUGAAUUAUCAAAUGAUGAUGAGCAGAUAUCAGUUAAAGUAGAACCUAAUUCACCGGAAAAAAAAAUUUUACGUUCAGACGAUCCUAGAUUGGAAGAAAAAGAUAUGAGUCAAUUAUUUGACGCAGUAAGCAAUAAAGUACUUAUAUUUUUAUUCGGUACUUUACUAUUGGAACGUCGUGUUGUACUUUUAUGUGAAAAGUUAAGUAAAUUGUCAUCGUGUGUUGAGGCACUUCAGAGUUUACUUUAUCCUUUUAGUUGGCCUCAUACAUUUAUUCCUGUUUUACCGGAUAUACCAGAGCUGUCGGAAAUUUUACAGGCACCAUUGCCAUUUGUCAUUGGUAUUUUAAAGUCGAAAAAUUUACCCAAUACUCAAGUUGACUCUGUACAAGAUGGUAUUGUUAUUGAUCUUGACACGUCGAAAGUUAUUUGUGCGGUCGGUGAUGAGUCGACUAUUUUACCAUCACGAUUACAAAAAGGAAUUAAAUGCGCAUUACAAUUGGUAUCGAGUAAUGUCGGACCAGCUGAUGGAAUUAGAAAUUAUCUUGUCUCCGAAGCAUUUCUUCGGGUAUUUGUUGAGACAUGCGCACAUUUUGAAAAUCAUUUAGUCACACAGCAAGACGGGAAAAUUAUUUUCCAGAAAGAAUCAUUUGUCAAAGCAUCUCCCAGUAAGACUUACAGAUAUUUUCUCGAGUGGUUUAUUGAAACCACGAUGUUCAAUGCAUUUGUAACAGAUUAUAUUGCACAUGUUGAGGGUACAACAGUUAAUGAUCAUUACAAUAUUAAAUUAUUUAUCCAAAGAGUUGCGGAGUAUCGAAAAUCGAAUGAAUCAAAUUCGCAUUCGAAGAAAUUUUCAUCCAAGAAAAAAACUUUCGGUGAUCGUUUAAAAGAUUUGACAAAUUUUUAUACAUAGAAACAGAAGUGAGUCUUUUAAAUUAAAUUAGAAUACGCAGUAGUUAAAAAAAACAAACAAUUAAAAUUAAUAUAUAUUUAUAUUUUUGAAUCUCAAUAAUGGCUAAAAGUUGCUUUAAUUAGUAUAGAUGUUGACAAUAAUAUUGUAAUUUCAGAGUAAUGAGCUAUGCCAGUUUUAAAUAAGAACUACUGUAUGUAUAGUUACAGCUACUAUUUUUUUUUUUUUUGUUAUUGAUAUUUUAGUUAUAUCGCGUCAAUAAUUCCAAAAAGACAUAUUUUUAUACACAGAAAGAAAUGAUUUCUUGUCCCAGAAAACUUUUGCACUAUAAAUUUAAAAAUGAUCCUGAAGUUGGCAGACAAUUGGUAAUUUUUUGAUUUUUUUUCAACAGAUCAAUUACAAAAAAACAAAAACUAAAAAUAUGCACAUGUAGAAAAUUUAAAAAGCUAUAGGUGCAAUUUUUUUUUUUAUUAUUUAUUGUUUUAAAAAAAAUCUAAAAAUUAUGAGACGUCGGCUAACUUCAGUAUCAUAUUGAAAACGAAAAUUUUCUUGGGACGAGAAAAAGUUUUCUUGAGCCAUGAAAAAAUUUUUGGGAGAAAAAAUUUAUUCCACCACGAAAUGUUUUCUAUUCUUAAGAAAAUUUUUGUUUUCAUUCCAUAAUGCAAAUUUUUUCUUGGCCCAAGAAAUCCUUUUUUUCUGCAUGCAGAGAAUUUUACGGUAUUUUUUGCAUAAAAAAUUUAUAGAAAAAUUACUAUAUAGUAAACUACUUUAUAGUAAAAUUUAUUAGGAUAAAUCAACAUAUUUAGUAUGCAGUUGGUAUAAAUUUUAUCUGUUGCUUUGUCAAAAUUACAAUGCACCUUGUAAAUUCUGUUCGAUGUAUUUUUAAAAUUUCUACAGUAUCGGUAAUUUGUACAAUAAUUCCAUACUGUCCUCAUGUUACUAUGACUAAAUUAUUUUUUCUAUAAAUUUUUUAUGCAAAAAAUACCAUAAAAUUUUCUGCGUGUAUGAUCCUGAAGUAAGACAACAAAUCGAUUACAAAAAAAAAAGAACUAAAAAAAUGCACAUGUAGAAAAUUUAAAAAGCUACAGGUGCAAUUUUUUCAAAUAUUUUUUUUUUUAUAAUUUAUCGUUUUAAAAAAAUUCAAAAAUUAUUAGACGUCGGAGAAUAUCAGGAUCUUUUUUUUGUGCACGCGCUUUUGGGUUUAAAGUUUCCUAAGGCCAAAAAAGCAUAUAAAAUUAUGUCCCUUUGGAAUUAGUGACGCGAUAUUUAACUAAGACCUGAAUUGAAUUUGUCAAUUAUUAGGGUAUGAAUCUCAUAUUUUAUUUUAUUUAAACAAUAAUUAUUGAGCUAUGAAAAGUAUUACUACUUAAUCUAUAAUUAAUACAAAUUUAUCUCAUAUAAAAUUUUUUAUAUUUAUUCAAAAAUUAAUCAUUACACUUUUAAAAAAACUAAAAAAAAUUCUUAUAAAUUAUAU